GGGCGAGCCAUACUUCUUGUGAAGAACAGCUUCACCGAGCGCGGGACUACCUCCUACCCACCCCUUUUUUUUCUCUUCCUCUCACACAUCAUUCGUCGACCAUGUCGGAUCGAGAGUUCAGUUCAAACGACGACCUGUCGCUUCCCAAAGCGACGGUCCAGAAAAUCAUCACCGAGAUCCUCCCGCCCUCCUCCGGUCAGACUUUCUCCAAAGAUGCCCGCGAUCUGCUUAUGGAAUGCUGUGUCGAAUUCAUCACCUUGAUCUCCUCCGAAGCCAACGACAUCAGCGAGAAAGAGGCCAAGAAGACGAUCGCCUGCGAACAUGUCGAGCGCGCCCUGCGCGAUCUCGGCUUCGGUGACUAUAUCGCCGAUGUCCUGGCUGUUGCGGAAGAACACAAGGAACAGUUGAAGUCCCGAGAGAAAAAGCAGAGCAAGAUGGAACAAAGCGGCUUGUCCGAGGAAGAGCUGCUCCGGCAGCAGCAGGAGUUGUUCCGCUCCGCGACCGAGAAAUAUCACGCCGCUCCGGAGUAAAAGGCAACGAAUUUGCAUGAAACAUCGUAAUGUGGUUUGAUCUCAUGCUGGCCAUAGGAGAUCCAGGUUCAGGAGUUUGAGAUUCCAGAGGACAGAAAUUCGGAGUUUGUUGGUUUGGGUCGUGCUUGGGAAAAGGGUCGGUUAUGUAUUUCAUGUCCCUUGAGGCUUCGCUAGUUUGGCUCAUAUAAUUCUAUAUUGCCUCUGGGAGACAAACCAGGAG